AUGGGUAUCAAAGGUAUCUAUCCGGAGAUCGGUCCCGGCGAGCGCAUUUCGCUCUGCAAGCUGGCCAUCCAAACCCUCGAGGAAAAGCGCCGCCCUCUGCGCAUCGCCAUCGACAUCUCGAUAUGGCAGUUCCAGAUUCAGGCGGCCCGAGGCGGCGCCAACGCUCCCACUCGCACGCUCUUCUACCGUCUCGCCCGCCUGCUCGGCCACUCGAUUCAGCCCAUCUUCGUCUUUGACGGCCCCAACAAGCCAGCCUUCAAGCGGAACCGUCGCUCCACCACACGAGGUGGUGCAACCGGUGAUGUCGUAUCCAAUGCCAUGGCUAAACGCAUGAUCCGCCUCUUCGGUUUCCAGUUCCACGACGCCCCCGGCGAGGCCGAGGCUGAGUGUGCUCUUCUGCAGCGCCGCGGGAUUGUCGACGCCGUAUUGAGCGAGGACGUCGACACUAUAAUGUUUGGCUGUACUCGUACCCUCCGCAACUGGUCCUCGGAAGGUGUCAGGGGAUCCAAGGAGCCGACACACGUGUCCAUGUACGACUCGGCGGCCAUCAAAGCACAACAUUCCGGUCUGGAUAGGGAGGGGAUGGUUCUUGUUGCUCUGAUGAGUGGAGGAGACUACAUCCCUCAGGGAGUUCCCGGAUGCGGCGUCAAGGUCGCAUGCGAAGCCGCUCGGGGCGGGUUUGGUCAUUCACUCUGUCGGAUCAAGAAGUCCGACAUCGGUGCGCUGGCCGAAUGGAAAGAGAAGCUGCUGGCUGAGUUGAGGGAUAACAAAAGCGGAUUCUUCAGGGUUCGCCACAAGGCAUUGGUUAUACCUGAUGACUUCCCAAGCCUCGAGGUCUUGAGAUACUACACUCAUCCCGUUGUAUCCCAAGACGAAACCUUGGAACGCCUGGAGAACUCCUUCCCCUCAAACAACAGUCUCGAUGUGCAAGGCCUACGGCAGUUUGUUGCAGAGACCUUUGACUGGACGGGCAAGCUGGGUGCUAUCAAAUUCAUCAGGGUGCUUGCCCCUAGUCUUCUUGUACAAAAACUCCUACAAAAACCGUCGGCCGAGGAAACAGACAUGGAACAUCUCAUAAAGGACAUAUCAAAGAGCCGUACCCACUUCACCACAGAUGGCACAAAGGAGGUUCGAGUGUCCUUUGUCCCCACGAGCAUCAUUGAUAUCGAUCUCGACAAGGAACCAGAAGAGAGCCCUGAAGCAUUCGGCCGUGGUGGGCUGGCUCUGAAUAGUGACGAUGAUCUAGAGGAACUCGAGCUGGGAGGUAAUGGGGAGUCAGGGGCUGCAAGGCCAGGUCCCAAGAAGGUCUUCGACCCAACCCAACCAUGUUCGGAGUGGAUCCCGGAACUCGUUCUCCAGUUUGGAGCUCCAAAGGCCCUGAGGGAUUGGCAUACUAAGCUGGAAGCCAAGUCUGCGACGGCGCAAAAGGUGUCAAAUACAACGAGAACACGAAAAUCCAAGACCGCGAAUAUUCAGUCAGGUGGCCUGGAUAAGUUUCUAACAGUCACCAAGAAGCCCUGCAGCAUUGCAAAAGCUGUCGUCACUUCUGAAUCCCAAGUAACCUCUGGCCUUGCCACGACAAAGUUCGGUCCAGGAACGCACAACCUUCCGGCCACCAAGAUAAUUCAUACAGCCAGCGGCCAGUCCACAGCUUCGGCGCGGAACAGCAGUAAGCAAAGCAACACCAUAAAUACCAAGAAACCACAGGCCAAGUCAAACACCAAUCGUCAGGUCCCUCUUCCGUCUUCCUCCUCGCGCAAAGCUGCUGCGUCGAAACCCGCCUCUGCUACUACCAACCCAUGGACGAUAGCCAGCUCACAGCCCAGUCGUAGCAGCAAUAGGCCCUUCAGUCGCACCAAUACAUAUUCCCAUGCUGGCCAUGGUUCCUCGGCCAGGCCAUCCACCCCAGGCUCCGCACCUGAUGAGCAGCUGGUCUUUAUCUCAUCUAGCCCGCCAAUUUCAGGUCCGAGUCCUGAGACGUCGCUGAACAAUAAGAGGUCGCCCGUGAAUGAUAAGAAGCACCCGCGUAGAUCGCCCGAGCCCGAGGACUCAUAUGAGCUUGACCCCUUCUCCUCUGACUCUUCACCGUACGCGCCCAGCCCUCGUAAGCAGAGGUCGCCAACCGCCAAGCUGGGCAAGACGGAGUCGAGUGACGGGCAACGCCAGGUCACCCCGCCCACCAUAGCCAGGGGCGCGGGGACGAGUAAUCCAGUCGCAAGGUCUAGAAAACUGGCAUCAGUUCUCGGCUAUGCUGGAGAACCACGUUUCGAAUCGAGACCAGCAGGUCUCCCAGAGCAACAGGCUGAUGGUGGGUUAUGUGAUGACGAAGGCGAGCUGGAGUCCAGCCGACCGAAAUUCAUAAGCCCAUACUCGAUUGUGGAUCUCUCGGACGACGAGGGUGACGAGCAACACAGCCGCCAGUCCAGGCCCAUUUCUACAGCAAGCAUCAAGCAGUCUCUCGACGGGAGGACAUCUCCCGAUCACAGCACAGUCAUGCGAUCAGGACUGGCUGUGGGAUCCUCCGUGCACAUUUCCAGAUCGGGGGAAAUUUUGGAAGACGAAUUUGUACACCCAAGCCCCAAAAUCACCACUUCCGCCAAACCCAACACGACCAAGUUGUACAUACCUAGAAAGAGUGCCGUCGGUUUCAUAAGGGAGGUCGAGGUCUCUAGAGAAGAAGCCGACCGCCUCAUGAGGGAGCAGAGCGGCAGUGGCGGUGGUGGGAGGGGUCGAAUGUUUCGCCGGAGUGAUAUAUCCUUUGUCGAUUUGACUGGAUCCUCGCCUUGA